AUGGUCUACCACACACACUUGGUGCCCUUCUGUGGUAAAAUUAUUGGAACAACAGUCACUGACAAGGCUCCUAUAGCAGAAAAUUGGGUGCUCAACAUUCGAUCCAAGUUCAAUGGGCAAAAAAUUAUUGCAGGAUUGAACUGUAAAUGGAAGCCUCAUCCAAUAAGAUCAAUGAGCAGCAAAAUUGCUACCUUACAACUAUGUAUCGACACCAAGUGCCUUGCAAUCCAACUCCUUUACUUAAACUACAUGCCAAAGUCCAUCAAGAGCUUUCUAAGUGACUCUACUGUAAUUUUUGUGGGAAUUGAGAUUGAGGAGACUAUGCUUAAACUCCAGAAUGAGUACGGACUGAGUUGUUCAAAGAAAAUUGAUGUUCGUUCCUUGGCCAGGGUACAUUUCCCACUGAGCUUCUACGGGGAAACCUGGUUUAAAAGCUCUUGCAAACGGAUUGGUGGGGCUGCUUGA